GGAUUUUUAUUUCUAAGGUAUUAUAUAAAAGUUCAGAUGACUACAUGUCGGUGUGAUGCGCGUUAUACUUUUCAUGGAUGAUACAGUUCUAUUGUGUGUUUAAGUGAAAGAUUAGUUAAUAUUCCGCAAGUCACUAAAGACACUCUGGCUCCUUUAAAAAUCUUUAGCCUCACAUGGAAACGCAUGAUUGGUGGUUGUAGAGUAUGACGUAAAGAAACGACCAAUCGGAGUGGAAUAUGUCCCGUCUCUUUUGCCGAAACGCUAGAGUUUGACCAAUUAAAUCAAGCGAUGGCGUAACCGAACUGUACUUCCUUUUUGCAACCUGAACAUCGACCUUUUCCCGGUGUAACUCUGUUCAAGCUUAAACCAUGCAGGUUGCCAUGGAUAUCACGGCGCGCUUUUGCGGCAAGGAGAUGCAGGACUACGGCGCGUGCGUGGCCCGCAACCCAUCCUCGUGGCAGGAGCAGUGUCAGCACAUGAAGCUGAAGGUGGCGCAGUGCACCUCCUCACACCCAGUAAUCCAGAAGAUCCGAUCCGACUGCGCAGGCCAGUUUGCGGAGUUUGAACGCUGCCUGCAGGAUCACCAGUCUUCAGCAGCCUCGUGCUCCGCCCACAUGUCCCGCUUCCUAGCCUGUGCGGAGGCCGUGGACCUCAGUUCUGUCGCAGGGGGCAGUGUGUCACAACCCAUCUAGAGUCAGAUCUUUAUCACAGCCCUCUGGAUUUCCCUGGCCCGGUUCUGCUAUGGAGAUCAUGCAGGAUUUGUGGUCCACCUGUGGGAACAUGAGGAUGGAGGGCUGAUCCAUGGGGGGCUGGUUCUUUCCAGGGACGCUGAUCUCUCACAGCAGUCGGCGCGCUCAUGAAUGCGAGAGAAGGAUUCCGACAAAACAAACAAACUCUAACCGCGGGCCUCCAUUCGGGAAAAGGCCUGCAUCUACUAAUCUGAGACAAUUGCUUGUUUAUUGGCUGAGUGCCUGUCAGUCAUUAAUCAUGGACGUUUAAGUGGCCUAUGGGGCCACUUGAAUUAAGCGGCAUAUAUGAGGUCUCUGCUUGCCAAGACUGUAUCCUGCCAGGAAGUACGACAGGAGAGACUGUGUGGUGUAUCUGUGUGAGUGUGAGUGCUGGAAUCCAUGUGUGAAAAUGGCAUCAAAAUAUGUAAAAUUUAGGGUCUAAUAGACACUUGGGGCUGCUUCAGAUGUGUGUAAUAAACAGGAUCCUUUAUUUGUAA